UCCGCUCCGGUCGCGUCCUGUGAUUGGCUGCGCUUCUCCACGUGAUGCCAGGCUGGCGGCGGCGGUUGCCGGGGCGACGGCUGGAGAAGUGGCGACCGGGCUGGGUAGGCGCGUGUGCCCGCGGCUAAGCAGAAGAGAUUUUUGCUGUGAGAAUUAAUAGUAACAGUUCAGUAUGGGGGAUAUUCUGGCUCAUGAAUCGGAAUUACUUGGACUCGUGAAAGAGUAUUUGGAUUUUGCCGAAUUUGAAGAUACCUUGAAAACAUUUUCAAAAGAAUGCAAAAUGAAAGGAAAACCAUUAUCUAAGUCAGCAUGUGGCUCCUUAAGGGACUCCAAAUCAUUGAUAAUCCAGAGGGACCUCCUUGCUGCAUUUGACAGUGGAGACCAGAAGAUGUUCUUCGAUUUGUGGGAGGAGCACGUGCCCAGUUCCAUCCGAGAUGGUGACUCCCUCGCCCAGAAGUUGGAAUUCUAUCUUCACAUCCAUUUUGCCAUUUACCUUCUGAAACACUCCGCAGGGAGACCUGACAAAGAGGAACUGGAUGAAAGGAUUUCCUAUUUCAAAUCCUACCUGGAGACCAAAGGGGCAGCACUGAGCCAGACCACAGAGUUUCUCCCUUUCUAUGCACUUCCUUUUGUUCCCAACCCUAUGGUGCACCCCUCAUUUAAAGAACUCUUCCAGGAUUCUUGGAUUCCAGAAUUAAAGCUGAAGUUGGAAAAGUUUCUGGCUUUAAUCUUUAAAGCCAGUAGCACGCCAAAGCUUUUAACAUUAUAUAAGGAGAAUGGACACAGCAACAAAGAAAUGUUGCAGCAGCUCCACCAGCAGCUGGUAGAAGCUGAGCGAAGGUCAAUGACAUACCUGAAACGGUACAAUAAGAUCCAGGCGGACUACCACAAUCUCAUUGGAGUCACAGCCGAGCUGGUGGAUUCUCUGGAGGCCACAGUCAGUGGCAAGAUGAUCACCCCGGAGUACCUCCAGAGCGUCUGUGUCCGCCUCUUCAGUAACCAGAUGCGGCAGAGCCUGGCGCACAGCGUGGACUUCACGAGGCCUGGCACGGCUUCAACCAUGUUAAGAGCCUCCUUGGCACCCGUGAAAUUGAAGGAUGUCCCAUUACUGCCCUCCUUGGAUUAUGAGAAACUGAAGAAGGAUUUGAUUCUGGGGAGUGACCGCUUGAAAGCCUUCUUGUUGCAGGCUCUGCGCUGGCGCUUGACCACAUCCCACCCUGGAGAGCAGAGAGAGACCGUUCUGCAAGCCUACAUCAGCAAUGACCUCUUGGACUGUCAGAGCCGCAGCCAGAGGAGUGUGCUUCAGCUGCUGCACUCGAAGAGUGAGGUGGUGCGGCAGUACACGGCCAGGCUCAUCAAUGCGUUCGCGUCCCUGGCAGAAGGUCGCCUCUACCUUGCCCAGAGCACAAAGGUGCUGCGGAUGCUGGAGGAAAGGCUGAAGGAGGAGGACAAGGAUGCCAUCACCCGGGAGAACGUGCUGGGGGCCUUGCAGAAGUUCAGCCUCAGGCGUGCGCUGCAGACAGCGAUGAUUCAAGACGGCCUCAUCUUCUGGCUGAUUGACAUCCUGAAGGAGCCUGACUGCCUGUCUGACUACACGCUGGAGUACUCGGUUGCUCUGCUCAUGAACCUCUGCCUCCGGAGCGCAGGGAAGAACAUGUGUGCCAAGGUGGCGGGCCUCGUGCUGAAAGUUCUUUCGGAUCUGCUGGGCCAUGAAAACCACGAGAUUCAGCCGUAUGUGAAUGGAGCCCUGUACAGCAUCCUUUCUAUUCCAUCCAUCCGUGAGGAAGCAAGAGCAAUGGGAAUGGAAGACAUCCUUCGCUGCUUCAUCAAAGAAGGCAAUGCUGAAAUGAUCCGCCAGAUUGAGUUUAUCAUCAAGCAGCUCAAUUCAGAAGAGCUCGUGGAUGGUGUUCUUGAAUCUGAUGAUGAUGAAGACGAAGAUGAUGAAGAGGACCAUGACACAAUGGAAGCUGAUCUGGACAAAGAUGAAGUGAUCCAGCCCCAGCUUGGAGAACUCUCUGGUGAGAAGCUUCUGACCACGGAGUACUUGGGAAUCAUGACCAACACCGGGAAGGCGAGGCGGAGGGGGACGGCCGGUGGGCAGUGGGGCAGCAGUGAGCCCCUGCGCCGGCCCGUCACCCCCGGCGGCCACAGGACCGGGUACCCAGCGCUAGAAAACCAUCCCGUGUCUCCUCAGACAGCCCGACACGCCAGGAACGUCUCCCUUCCGUCCCUGCUGAACGCGCACCUUCCAGUCUGCAAAGGGGGCAAGCCUGGUGCUUCUGAGCCUGGCGUUUCCUAUUCGUCCGCCAUCGACGCCAAGCCGGGAGAGUGGUUGCCAGCAGGGCGGCCAGGAGAGCCCCGCCUGCCCCCAGCGGGGACCCCUAGGCGGCCUCGGGAGGUGCCCCAGGCCCCGGACAGUGGAGAGACUUCCAGUGUCCUUCCCGGAAGGCGCUGAUGCCAUCAUCCUUGCAGAGUUCAGUGACAGCGCCCAGCAUCCUCAGUCAACACAACCGCCUCCUGCAGCCCUCAAGGUGGUUUGGAGGACCUCACGGGGGGUGGGCUCUGCCAAGCCAAAGGGGGCUCCCUGGGGUCUGCCAAGGGCUACUUUGUCCAAUGCCAGAGGGAGGAGCCAGCCAGAGGGAGCCUCUGUCUGAGGGCGCUCUUUCCCCAACAACAACGCUGCCACCCUGGCCAAACAAAGGUCAUACCCUAGGGCAAAGAGUAGGCUGGCUUUUAAAGUGUAUUAGUCAGUGUUCUCCAGAGGAACUGAACCAACAGGAAGUGUGUAUAAUUAGAUUUAUUUUAAGGAAUUGGCUCACCUGGUUAUAGAGGCUUGGCAAGUCCAAAAUCCAGAAGUGAUUGGAUGAGGCCCACCCACAUUCUGAAGGAUAACCUGCUUUACUCAAAGUCCACCUAUUUAAUCUUAACCUCACCCAAAAUACACCUGCACAGAAAUAUCCAAAACAAUAUUUGAUCAAAUACCGAGGCGCCAUGGCCCAGCAGCAUUGACACACAAAAUUAACCUACACAUACGGGUUUUCAUACGCAUGGCCAAAUUGCUCUCCAAAAGGAUGGAGCCCUUUUCUGGUUGCCCUGGGUUGGGAGCUUGUAGAUUCCCUUUCUCUCCCUUCACUUGCCAACUCCCCUCAGCUGCCCCUCACCCUGCAACUUGACCUUGUGGCCCACUGGCUUUAAGGCCCCAUGAAAUGAAGCAGGCCGGCCAUCCCGGGCCUGUACAACUAGCUCCCCCACAUCUGGCCACCCUGUCCCAUGACCGCGUGAUGGGCCAUCCCCAGGUAACCCAAGGCUACCCCUCUGUCGUUACCGCUGCCAGGAACAGCGGCCAGUAUUCACCUGAGUAGCUUUUACUAAUUUCUCUCAAUUGUUCCUUCUUAAAAUGUAGUUGGGGCCACAUUUAAAAAUGGUCAAGAUCGUCAUUUUUACUUAUGUCUAUUUUACCAGAAUUUUUAAAUAGCUAACUGCUAUAACAAUGAUAAAAAUGUUGGAAAUAGAAUAGCAAAAUAGAAAAAAAAAUCAUUUGAACCAAAUAAUAUUAAAGGAAAACCACCUCUCUAGCCCACAUCAAGGACUGAUCUAUGCAUAUGUAAGAAAAGCAUCAGUGGUACGUGCCUGUUUUCACAUCAUUGCAGUCAUACUUACGCGCCCUUCUGUACUGCUCUGUUUUUGGCCUUGUUCCGUUUUCUCUCAUAUGUCUGAGGAGCCCCCAUCCUUACAGUUUAUACUGAUCAUGUACUCUCAUCUCAUCGAUACGCUGUAAUUUGUGAUGCCGUUGCCCUAACAUUUUGCUUCUCUUUCACUCACUCAUAAUGCACACGUGUGCUGAGACCUGUGCUGGGCGCUGGGGAUCAAAGAUCAACCACACCAAAUUCCUAUUUUUAGGAAGUUCACAGACAAGGAGGGCAAUUUGACCAGUGAACUGAUAAAAGGUCUAACAUGGACACUAUCUGGAGGGGUGAUACUGUGAGUGACAUAAAGAUAAGUUUGCUUUUUAAAGAAAAAAAUUAUCUUAAAGUUUAAAAAAAAGUCAUUGGACUUAAUCCCACCCCCUCAUCUUUUUCAAGCUGGUAUGAAAGGUUUCCUGUCUAGAAGAUGGACAGGUUUUAUGCCAAUCUUUCUCUAAAUUUGAAAUUGGAGACUUUUCAGAUAUCUAAAUUUUACUUUUCUAAUUGUUGAAGUAAUAGAUUCGCAGUGUGAAAAAGGGAGGCAUAUAGAAAUGAGUCAAAAAAUUACGCAGUCUCCUCCCAAGUCACACUCCUCAGAACCCGAACCCCCAGUUACUAAGCGCUUACCGCGACUGGGCCUGGGGCACUGCCUCACUGAAGCUUCAGAGCUGUUCUAUAGGAAAUAUUUUACACUUGGGGAAAAUGAGGCUUCCAAAAUGUCAGCAGACUUGCUCACUCUCAGUCACCAGCUAGAGAGCAACAGAACAGGACUAAGAGUCUGGGUCCUUCCAUGAGCCCGCCCUCGGGGGCCCCUGCAGCCUCCUCCCCUGCCACCAGAUCCUACAGUCCCUGGCUUCAUCCCCCAGCACAUGCGCGCACACACACACACACACACAUACACUCCCCACUGCCCACUGGGGAGCCCUGCAGACAGUCAGCAUCUCCCUGUCCUGAGGGUGCGGAGGGGGCACACCCUCACUCACCAGGUUCACAGUAUCCUCUGUGCACCCACUGUGUGCAGCCUGCAAAUGGAAACGCCCAGUUAUUGAAGGGAAGUGGGACCAGGAGCAUCUGCUCCCUGCCGGGAGCUGAGCUGGUGCUUACAUCAGCUCAUUCAAUGGUGACAACAAUCCUGGGUGACAGCCUGGGGCUCCAGUCUUCAGAGUUGUUGUCAGGAAAACCAGCAUGUAGCUAGCAGAGGUCCAGAAGUCAAGGUGGGCAUGAGAGUUGAGCUUGUCUAUAGCUCAGUGACAGCCAGAGAGCCAAGGGCUGGGCGGGGGACUCACAUCCCCAGCCGCACCUGCGGUGGCUGCAGGCACCAAAAGAGAGAAGGGAGCUGGCUCCCAGACGUGGCCUCCAGUCUCCAUUGGGCUGGGGUCCGGCAGGCAUCUGGAGAAUGGCUGGCUGUAAGAUCCCACUGAGUUCAGGUCUUGGCCUUACUAUCUGCUUGUAACAUGUGUGACCUUGGGAAAGUUUACUAAUUUGGAGCCUCAGUUUGGACAACUGUAAAAUGGGGUAGUAAUGCCUGCCACACAGGGUUGUGUGGCGGCUAAAUGUCACCUUCUUAGCGAGGCCUUCCCUGGCUGCCCCUUCUAAAUCAGUCUUCAAUUGCUACUGUGGUCAAUUACCACAAAUUUGGUGACCGAACAAAUGCACAUUCAUUAUCUUAUUAUCUUAGAAGUCCUACACAGGACUCACUGGGCCGGAAACAAGGUGCCCACAGGACAUGUUACUUUCCGGAGGUCUAAGGGCAAAUCUCUUCUCUGUCUUUUCUGGCUUCUAGAGGCGUCCUGCCCUCCUUGGCUUGUGGCCCCUUCUCCACCCUCAAAGCCAGCAGCGUUGCAUCUCUGGGCUUUUCUUCAUGGCCAUACCCAUUUCCCUGACUCUCUUCUUCUACCUCUCUCUCCCAGUUUUAAGGAAACUUGUAAUUACCUUGGGCUCACCCCCAUAAUCUAGGAUAAUCUCACAUCUGCAGCCUUAAUUCCCAUUUGUCAUGUACGGUUCCAGGGAGUAGGAUGUGGACACUAAUGGGGGCCAUUACUCUGCCAGCCACACCUCCUGGCCAUUCGAUCUAAUACUUUGUCUCCCAUGUUCCUUGCUUGAUCUCCUUCUUAGCAUUUCUUUCUUUCGUCAUCUCUGUCCUUCCCUAGAAUGUGAGCUCCAUGGGGCAGGGUUUAUGCCUCUGGGUGCCCUAUUCUACCUCCCCCUGCCCAGAGCAGUGCCUGCCUGGCAUCUAUUGGUGCUCCAAGGGGAAAUCCUUCCUUCCUCCUGU